AGACUUUUCACUUCCUCCAUGUAUAAGUUUUCUUCCACAUCUAUUUUCUGCACUUACUUAAAUUCCUUGUUAAUCUAUUACAGUCUUCUUCAAGAUUUUCAGCCGAGAAAAUUAAUAAUGACAGAAGAUAACCAUGCAAUUGGGAUAGAUCUGGGGACAACUUAUUCGUGCGUGGCAGCGUGGCAGGCUGAUCAUGUAGAAAUCCUGGUGAACGAUCACGGCAACAGAACAACUCGAUCUUAUGUUACAUUCACUGAUAGUAAGAGGUUGGUAGGAGAUGAAGCAUUUAACCAAGUCGGGAGGUUCCCCGCCAACUCAAUCUUCGAUGCAAAGCGGUUAAUUGGUAGGAGAUUUAGUGAAGAAACUGUUCAAAAUGAUGUCAAGUGCUGGCCCUUCAAGGUCAUUGAAGGUCCUGCAGACAAGCCCUUGAUUGUGGUUAACCACAAGGGUGAAGAGAAAAAAUUUGCUGCUGAAGACAUCUCUUCCAUGGUUUUGGCAAAGAUGCGGGAGAUUGCCGAGUCCUACCUUUGCUCAAAAAUUUCUGCAAAAAAUGCAGUUAUCACUGUCCCCUCUUACUUCAACGACUCACAGCGCCAGGCUACAAUAGAGGCUGGCAAACUAGCGGGCUUAAAUGUGCUGCGUAUUAUCAACGAACCAACUGCUGCAGCCAUCGCUUAUGGAAUCGACAAGAAGGCUGGUUGGUUUAACAAGAGAAAUGUGAUGAUAUUUGAUUGGGGUGGUGGUACGUUGGAUGUGUCACUACUUACCAUAGGCCAUGGUGUCUUUGACGUGAAGGCAACUGCCGGAGACACUCACCUUGGCGGUGAAGACUUGGAUAACAGAAUGGUGAAUUACUGCGUCGAAGAAUUCAAGACAAAACAGAACGUGGACAUUGGUGGAGACGCCAAAGCUCUUCGGAAGGCCAAAACUGCGUGUGAGAAAGCAAAGAAGGCACUUUCGUUUUCCUUUGACACUGAUAUUGAAAUUGACUCUUGGUAUAAGGGUGAAGAUUUUCAUACAACUUUUACCCGCGACAAAUUCGAAGAACUGAACAUGGACAUCUUCAACAAGUGCAUGGAGCCUGUUAACAAGUGUUUGGAGGAUGCCAAAAUGGACAUAAGCGAGGUCGAUGACGUUGUUCUUGUUGGUGGGUCUUCUAGAAUCCCCAGGGUUCAAGAGCUAUUGCAGGGGGUUUUCAAGGGUAAGGAGUUGUGCAAGAGUAUUAAUCCCGAUGAGGCCGUGGCGUAUGGAGCCGCUGUUCAAGCCUCAGCCUUGAGUGGGAAUGUAACCGGAAAGCUUCAAGACUUCACUCUCUUAGAUGGUGAAAAAAAAGAAGAGUACGCAAUCGGGAUCGAUCUGGGGACAACCUAUUCCCGCGUAGCAGUGUGGGACAAGGAUCAUGUAGAGGUUAUACUGAACGAUCACGGGAACAGGAAGAGUGCAUCUUACGUUGCCUUCACUGAAACUGAUGAGACUAAUUUGGUAGGUGAUGCAGCAUUUAACCAAGUCGUCAGAAACACAGCCAACUCCAUCUUUGAUACAAAGAGGUUAAUCGGUAGGAGAUUCAGUGACGCCUCUGUUCAAAGUGAUGUGAAGCUCUGGCCAUUCAAGGUCAUUGAAGGUCCAGGUGACAAGCCCGUGAUUGUGGUCACCCACAAUGGCCAAGAGAAACAAUGUUCUGCUGAAGAUAUAUCAUCCAUGGUUCUGGAAAAGAUGAGGAAGAUUGCCGAGACCUACUUGCGCUCAACUGUGAAAAAUGCAGUUAUCACCGUCCCUGCUUACUUCAAUGACUCGCAGCGCCGAGCUACAAAAGAUGCGGGCAUCUCUGCUGGCCUAAAUGUGUUGCGUAUUAUGAACGAACCCAGUGCCGCUGCCAUUGAUUAUGGCCUUAACAAGAAGGCCGGUUGGAGUAGCCCGCGAAACGUGAUGAUAUUUGAUUUGGGUGGUGGCACCUUAGAUGUGUCAUUGCUUACCAUGAGCACUUCUGGUGACUUUGAAGUCAAAGCAACGGCUGGAGACACUCACCUUGGCGGCCAAGACUUCGAUAACAGAUUGGUGAACUACUGUGUUGAGGAAUUCAAGAGGGAGCAUAAAUUGGACGUUAGUGGAAAUAAGAGAGCUCUUAGGAGGAUAAAAAAUGAAUGUGAGAAGGCAAAGAAGAGACUUUCAUUUGAGUCUGACAUUGGCGUUGAAAUUGACUGUUUGUGUGAGAAUACUGAUUUCACCAUAACUUUUACUCGUGCCAUAUUUGAACAAGUAAACAUGGAUUUAUUCAUCAAGUGUAUGGAUCCAGUGGCAAAGUGUUUAAGGGAUGCUAGCAUGGACGUAAGCAGUAUCGACGAUGUUGUUCUUGCCGGUGGCUCUACUAGAAUUCCCAUUGUGCAACAGCUAUUACAGGAGUUUUUCAAGGGGAAGGAGCUGUGCAAGGGCGUUAAUCCGGAUGAGGCAGUGGCAUAUGGUGCCGCAGUUCAAGCGGCAGCCUUGACUGGGAAAGGAAAGGGGGAGUUUAUUCAGGACUACACUCUCAAGGACGUCACUCCUCUGCCACUUGGUGUGGAGGUAGCAGACAAGAAAUUCAUAAAGUUGAUUCCAAGAAACUCUCUAAUUCCCGCGAAGAAGAAAGUAAAAUGUUCUAUUAAAGUCCCUAAGGAUAACCAAGUUUUGACCACCUUCCGCAUGUAUGAGAGCGAGAGUAGAAUGCCAGCAAAUCUCAACUAUUUGGGUGAAUGCAGCCUCCGUUACAUUCCUCCAGCUCCCAAACUUGUUCAUAAUUUCGAUGUUUUCUUCGAAAUUGAUCCCGAUGGAAUCUUGAGUGUCUUCACUGAAGAUAAGUCCUCUGGCCAGAAGAAUGAGAUCAUAAUCAACCGUGACAGACCGAAGAACUUUAAGGGAACUGAGAGAGAGGUUAUGUUGUUUUAAGGUGAAAUCAUGUGUUUGUGAUCUACUUCAUCCACGGGAUACUUGCAGCCCCAAUAUUCCUUACCAACUAUGGCCGUCUA